AUGUAUCGGAACUAUGAUAACUGGGAGAAGUUGGUCGCAGCUGUUCUAAAGAGAGAAGAGUUCCGGCGGCUUGCACUCUGCGACAGCUUCAGCACCUCAAAUUCAACUAAUUUCAGCUUUGAUUCCGAUGUUCCUAUCGAUUAUAGAUAUUCGGGCGAGAGACUCGAUCAUGCAGAUCUAUCUAGUCAGGAAACUUUCGUUUUCCGUGAUGUGAAGGCCAUAGAGUAUGGGGAGAUAAAAAAAGCUACCAAAAACAUUCACCCAGGCAUGUUGUGGGGGAAAGGGGCAGAGGCAAAUGGUUGUGUUUAUAAAAGAUGGAUCCAUGAACACAAUCUUACCGCAGAGAAGCCUGUAACUGGAAUUACUGUUGCUAUCAAGAAGUUGAAACACGAAGGUUAUCAAGGAAAUAGGCAGUUGGCAGAUGAAAUACAUUAUUUGAGUCAACUCCAUCACCCAAAUUUGAUCAAACUUGUCGGAUAUAUCUGCAGUGCAGACAACAGGAUUCUGGUAUACGAGUUCAUACUCAAAGGAAGCUUGGACAACCAUUUGUUCACAAGAGGGCAUAAUUUCCUUGAUUGGGCAACAAGAGUCAAAGUGGCUAUAGGUGCUGCAAGAACUAUUUCCUUCUUGCAUGACUUGGAAAUACCGGUCAUACAUCGAAAUAUUAAGUGUAGUAACAUUCUUUUAGAUGGCGACUUUAACAGCAAGUUGUCGGGCUUUGGUUGUCACGACCGCACUUCCUAA